GGACUUUAAAAUUCCAAUAUGGGACGGUCUAUGGGCGUGUCUGGCUGUUAAAUAAAUACUUGGUGCUAUCUCGGUUUCAUUUCAGACUGCAAAAUACACACAUAAAUAAAAUAUAUAACCCAUUUUCCUUCUCAGCCAUAUAAUUUCAUUUUGAUUUUCUUCUUCAGAAACAAGCUCAACCAACGACCAACAACAACAUGUGUAGAUCUGUUGAUUAUCCUUCACACUCACGUAUCAAUCCUAAUGGAGAAAGAGGUCCAUUUACAAUAACCAACUUAGAUUUUAAUGAACUCGUUCCAAAAGAAAAAAACACCAUGCUUGUUGCAAAGACAAAGAACAUAAAGCACACCAACAACUACAAGUUGAAGAAGUUAGAGGACAUUCCAGAGGAAACAGAACUUGAAGAUGAGACUCAUCCACAACUUGAAGAAGCUUGUGUUCACUUGGAAAUGGAUUUGCAAGUACUAAGGAAGUCUCUUGAUAUGGGACUUUGUGUACUUUGCCUUGGUGUUGGUUACAUGGUUUCUACUAAAUUUCGUCCACGACCUAAGUUUUCUUCGCUUUUAUCAUCAUCCUCUUUUUUGUUCUUCUAACAUAUGUUGUUUCAUAGUACUAGUACUAUUCAAUUUCCUUUUUUUUUUUUGUUUGUACAUAUCCAUUUUGUAUCAAUUUUGCUACUACGAAAAUGAAGUUUUGUGAGUUACAGAGAAAAGAAAGUUCAACUACACGUUUACACUUCUUUUAUAGCUAAAAAGAGUAAAUAUCCAAAUUGGUCUUUAAAACUGUAUGAUUAUAUCAAUCAAAUUAUUCACCAUAUUCCAAAAAAAUA